AUGAGCCAAACAGAACUCAGUAAAGGUAAUGAAGAAAAAACGAUAAAUAAGCGCAAGAAAGAGGAGGAAAAUGGUACAGAAGCUACUAAUUCCCAAAAUAGAGAAUUAAAAAGGAAAAGGAAAAAAAUUGAAGGAAAACCCAGAACAAAAGAACUGAAUAAGACGAACCAUUUAAGCAUAUAUGCCGAAAUAAAGAAGACUCAAAAGGAAAAAAACGAAAAGAAAAAAAAACAAAGAAAUAUAAAAGAAAAAAAAAGUAAUAAAAGUAUACAAAACAAAAUUAAAAAAUCAAAAGAACUGGGAGAAAGUGAAGAAGAAAGGGAAGGAGAAAGUGGUUGUGAGGUACUUGACAAAAAGGCCCAAAAAUCCAAGCUUCAAAAGGAAAAAAACAUUAAAACAAAAAAUAGCAAAAUAAAUGGCACUAUUAAUGACAAUUGUAAAAGUAACUAUGAUAGCAACUACGAUAGCAAUACAGACGACAAAAAUGAUAGUGACGUAAGUAACCACACAAGGAAAAAAUCUAAGAAGAACAAGAAAAAUAGCAAUAUAAACAAUCUCAACAGUGAGCAGGUCAGCCCGUUUGACUACGAAAGGUUACUAGUAUCGGAAAAAAACAAAAGCGCGAUUUGGAUAAGUUACAUUGUUUAUUAUUUAGAAAAAGGAAAUAUAGAUAAUGCAAGAGAAGUAGCAGAGAGAGCAUUGAAAACAAUAGAUAUACACGAAGUAGACGAAAAAUUAAAUAUUUAUUUAUGUUAUUUAAAUAUGGAAUGUGUUUAUGGGGAUAGGUUAAAUGAGAUAUUUAAAAGAGCUUUACUAUGUAAUAAUGAAAAAUCUAUAUAUUUACACACAAUUAAUAUUUUAAAAAUUAAUAAAAAGUUAAUUGAAUUAAAAGAAUUAUGUGAAGAGGCAAUUAAAAAGUUUAAAUAUUCCAAAAAAAUAUGGUCUACGUAUUUAGAAAUUUUGCAUAGUACAUAUAAAGACGAAGAAUAUGCUCAUUCAAUAUUACUAAAAUCUUUAUAUUCUUUACCAAAAAAAAAGCAUUUAAAUAUGAUUAUAAAUGCAGCUCGUUUUGAAUAUAAGUAUUCUAAUAAAGAAAGAGGAAAAGCAUAUUUUGAAAAAUUAAUUCAAGAAUAUCCUAAAAGGUCAGAUGUCUGGUUUACUUAUCUUGAUAUUCAUAUUAACUCAUUAACAAAAAAUGAAAAAAAAGAAAAACUCAAACUAAAUAUGAAUGAGCUACAAUUUAUUAGAAACAUAUUUGAACGAUUUAUUUCAAUUAAAUUUAAAACAAGAGUUAUGAAAAUGAUAUUUACCAAAUGGUUACUAUUUGAAAAAAAUCAAGGUAGUGUUAAAAGCCAAAAGUUAGUUCAAGAAAAGGCCUACAACUACGUGGAAAGCUUAAACUCCACUAGUUGA